GCGACCCAGUCUGCUCUGACGUUUAGCCGAGCCGCCGGUGUCGCCCUGCCGCACCGUUCGCAAAAACGUAUCACCGCACAUUAUAUUCUGCGCACUUUGAGAUAUCCGGAGAUAAUCGAAAGUGUUAGGUGUUGCCGGUGGUAGUGAGGUCGCUCGUAGGACAGUAGGGUCGCGGACGGUGCGGCCCAGGUAGCGAGGGUGCGGGCUGCUGCCGGCCCGCAGCGAGCGAGCGCGCCGCACAGCAGCUGGCGGUGUUUACACGCGGCGCCUGCAUCCGCGCUGCCCCGAGCCCCGAGCGGCCCGAGCGGCCCCGUGGCUCGUGCGGCCCCUGUGCCCUGUGCGCCCCGUGCGCUGCUCGCUGCAACAUACUACACCCCUCAUUUACUAUUCAACGCUGUGAAUUUUUAACUUUGCGAACGACCGAAGAUAGAGGUAUUUAAAUGCUUAUUAAAGCUGACUCUCACAGAGAGCCCGGCCGUAGUGCACAUUAGUGUCACGAGCUCAGAGCAUACGCAUCGAAACAGAAUUGUCAUAGUUCAUACGAGUGAUUUCACAACUUCGUAAAUAUGGGUGCUAAAGAAAGCGUGGAAGCUGCUAAAUUUUCUUCGCAAAAUUGGAACAAUUUCGAGCAUGCCGUUGUGAAACACCCGUACAGACACGGCACGCAGCGGUCGCAGAGCUUGAACCGCGGCCACUCGCUCUCGCGCACCGAUGCCACCUGGUGACAUCACGGGACCGCGGGCAGCAUAGUGCAGUGCGCCGAGUGUGGCACGCGCACGAUGGGCAAUAAGCUAUCGUCGUGCUCCUGCGCGCCCAUCUUGCGCAAGGCGUACCGCUAUGAAGACAGCCCGUGGCAGAACUCACGACGAAGAGACGGACAUUUGCUAAGAUUAUGGGCCGAGGUAUUCCACGUGUCUGCAAGCGGUGCAGGCACUGUGAAGUGGCAGCAAGUAUCGGAAGACCUGGUACCUGUGAACAUCACCUGCAUCCAGGACUCGCCUGAGUGCGUCUUCCAUAUCACUGCCUACAACUCGCAGGUCGACAAGAUCCUCGACGUUAGACUACUGCAACCCGGCACCCGUAUCGGGCAAGCGUCCGAAUGCUUCGUGUAUUGGAAAGAUCCCAUGACUAACGACACAUGGGGACUCAAUUUCACUUCUCCCAUUGAUGCCAAACAAUUUAGAGAAUGUUGCUCACCAUCAUUCAAAUUCUCCCGCAAGGCUUCGUCGAGCUACAGCCUGAAGCUGGAGCCUCCUGGCAAUAAGCAAAAGUUCAAGGCCAAGAGGAAGCCACUCUCUACACCUGCCAGUCCCAAUCGAUCAAGUCUGACCUACGGACGUGAGCCGCAAUGCACAUGCAUGACACAAGAACAAUACGCCCGACUGAGAGCACAAGAUCCUCGAUAUCGUUCAUCGACUCUGCCGCGCACUACAACACGUGCGAUUGAGACAGAUGCGGGUGCUACGGGCACGGCCGGCCGCUCUGACAAAGUUGCUGCGGCCACUUCAUCGACCUCGCUGUACGACAACGUAUCCAACUCGCAGCCUGCCCACCAGCCGCCACCAAAACCGGCAUCGCGACAAGCUGACACACAGCCUCCGACACGACCUCCGAAGUCACAAGAAACGUCGACGAUGACAACCAACACAUCGACUGCACCUAAAACUGUUACUGCUUCAGUGGGAACACAUGGCACUAAUACGAACGAAGAGACUCAAGCGGGCGGCGGCGGUGCCUCAUCACAGCACAGUCAAGACCUGAAGUCGGAAGGAGUGCAGGCCGGUGGUACUCUCACCUCCUCAAAGUCCUCUGCCACUUCUACACGCUCCGGCAAGGAACACCUUCAACAUAUGCCAAAGAGCGUUGACUAUGGCGAUGGGAACGAAUCAUCCCGUGAAUCGGACCGGCAUGCAGCUCAUCAUCACAACGUGAUCAAUAACAACACAUCAGGAUCACGACGCACCAAAUCCAAGAGUACUGAGGACAUGAAUAUGGACUCAAGUACUCUGAAGCGCAUGUUGAAGCCGAUGCCGUCGACGGAGAGCCCGGUAACUUCACCAGAGAUGGGACGUCGGCGGUAUGGUGGCACAGCGCCCUGCCCGCCAUCUUGCGGCUCACACGGACACCGCCACCAGCAGCACAUGCACCACGGACACUACUCACACAUCGUCAACAAUAACAGCCGACAGAGCUCGCAACGGCGUGGUGUUGGAGUUGGGGCUGCUCCCAGUGGAUAUCCCGGUCGUGGCUUGUAUCUAGAGUUGGGCGGUGGAGAACGUGACAUGUCACCACCUUCCGACAAUGUGAUGUUUGACAACCAGUGUUAUGCCACCACACCGUCUUCGUCAAAUGGUAACUCAGAUCAAGAACCUUGCCAACGUCGUGAUUCAAGGCAGCACCAUCAUGGGAAGCCGUGCUUAUCUCGUCAGGCGUCUCAAUCAAGUGCCACACCAGCCCCUGGAUCUCCUACCUCCCGUUUACUGCUGGAGUACGAGAUGCACCUGAGAAACACUCUCGCCAAAGGCAUGGACGCCGAGAGCUAUAGCUUACAUACAUUUGAAGCUCUACUUAGCCAAAGCAUGGAAGAUUUGGCGGAGUACAACGACAACGUCUCGUCUUCCAAUCAACGAAGCCCCUAUCCACCGCGAAGACCAGCGUCACAGUGUUCCGGGGGAGGCAGCCGAUCUUCAACGUUACCGCUGCCACAUCGCCUUGGCGUAGAACGGCAGCACAGCGCAAGAUCUGACCGCGAUGGAUACUACAGCGACCGAAAUGAACUGAUGCGUGAACGUGAGAGGGAUCGGGAGCGCGGCUACCUGAGUGAUCACAACUCCAGGGACAGAGUCCGUGAUCGUGAUCAAGGAUAUCUCAGUGAUCACCAAUCCAGUUUCGUGAGCGCAUCCCGGUGCGCUUCAUGCAUCGGUGAGUCAGCCCGCGCGGCGUGGUACCGCCACUCAGACGGGUGGCGCGGUGCCCCUCCUCCUGGCCCCCGCCGCUCCCCCUGGGACUCCCUUCCCAGUCUCCGCCACGAAGGCAGCCUUAACGACUCCGGCUACAGGAGCAACAGGGCUGACAGUUUCGAGCAAAGAGGCGUUUUCGACCGUCAAGACAGUGUUCGUUCGGAAUACACAAGCGAUCGUGAAUCAACGCGAUAUGGGAUUGUUCAGCAAGCUUCGAUUGACAGCACUGACUCCAGGAUCUGCUACUUGACAUCGAGCGAGAUAUCGGAUGACGAUCGCAUGUCGUUAACGACGGCGGUAUCUGACGAAGAGGACCCUGGUGAGAGCGCAAUGAAUUCGCCUUACAAAGGAAAGCAGACAGGCGCUGCAGCCGCAUCCUUCAACUGCACAGGAGCCGUCAGGAAAGCUGGGUUCUUGAGCGUGAAGAAAUGGCUUCUCCGCAAGAAGCACCAGAUUGAAUUAGCACGCAAACGUGGUUGGAAGGGUUACUGGGUGUGCUUGAAGGGCACUACACUGCUUUUCUAUCCCUGCGAUUCCCGCGAAGGCCGCUCCGUGGAAGCAGCCCCCAAACAUUUGAUCAUAGUUGACGGAGCCAUCAUGCAACCCAUACCAGAGCACCCAAAACGUGACUACAUAUUUUGUCUGAGCACCGCAUUUGGUGACGCCUACUUAUUCCAAGCUCCAUGUCAGAUUGAGCUCGAAAAUUGGGUGAAUAGCAUUCAUAGUGCUUGUGCCGCUGCAUUCGCUCGUCACCGAGGCAAGACUGGAACUCUUCAUUUACUGCAAGAGGAAAUAUAUCGUCUCGAGAAGGCCAUCGAAUCUGAUCAUAAGCUAAAGCAUAUGGCGGACCUGCAACAAUCUGUAGUCUCUGAUCCCGAGACCCGGGCACAACUGGCUGUUCAAAUGCUGCAGUGGGAAGAAAAUCUGGAACGCCUACAUUGUGAGCAAUUCCGACUGCGCUGCUACAUGGCAAGCCUUCAGAGUGGUGAACUCCCUAACCCCAAGUCUCUGCUGACCCACGUGUCGCGUGGCACAAAGAGCACUUUGAACAAGUUGGGCGUGUUCACGGUGUCGUCUUUCCACGCGUUCAUUUGCGCGCGGUCGCCAUCACUGCUCAAUAACUUACUGGCUGGACGUGGAGCCACUAAACGGCGUGCUCCUCAACUGUCCCGAUCUAACUCCGGAUCUAGCAGGCGAUCUAUGCAGAUGUCUCGCGAGGAUGGUGAGGCAGCCGUGCGAGUGUCACUCCCAGAAGGUACAACCGCUACUGUGGGAGUACGCGAGGGCAUGUCUGUUGAAGAGUUCCUAGCUGCCGCAUGCGCCCGACGCUCACUCAAUGCCCUCGAACACUUUGUCAGGGUGAAGAAAAGGCGUGAUAUGGAAGAUCACAACUAUUUCGUUCCUCAUCGCAGCGAUCUCAUUGAAACUUACUUGCAUACACAUGAGGUCGUGGAAGUGUGUGCUAAGAUCCUGUAUCAAGUAGAAUUACAACGUACGACGUUGGAGCAAAUGUGGGGCUUCAGUGUAGAAGCCGAACUCAUUGAGAACGCGGAGCGGCAAGACGAGCUCUGCUGCUACGUGAGCCGAGUUGAAGACAAGAGCGUCGCCAUGCAAAAUGGUAUAAUCAAAGGCGAUGAAAUAAUGGUAAUCAACGGAGCUAUCGUAUCUGACCUAGAUAUGAUGUACCUGGAAAGCGUUCUGCAAGAGGAACUGUCUCUCGUCAUGAUGAUGAGGUCAUCUCGCACGGAGCCGCCAGAGCUGACAGGAGUGAUGCGCGCUGCCACGGACGAUAUAAUCGAUUCCCUCGUGUGCCCACCGCCGCCCAGCGAGCCGCCAGUCAUCUCCGAUGACAUGAUAUCCGGCCUCAUCGUACCCGCACCAGCCUGGAGUAAGGAGUUAUACAGCCCGGACACUGACGCUCACGGUGGCGACUCUGUCAACACCGGCCCGCCUAAAGUCAGCUCUCGAACAAACUCGUUCGAGAUCGAAAAUCUACUCAAGAGUGCGGAGCAGGUGACGGGCUGGUGUCGAUCACCGGCGGAGACUCGACGUGGCAGCCCAACCGGCAGUGUUGCCAGUGCUGCAGCCGGCACGCCCUCGCGACAUCUCUCCGAUGCCGAUAAACUCAGGAAGGUUCUACUGGAGCUGGUCGAUACGGAACGCGCCUAUGUCAAGCACCUGAACAACUUACUGGAAAACUACCUGGAACCUCUCAAGAAAGAAACUUUUUUAUCAAACGCCGAGAUCAACGCUUUGUUCGGCAAUAUACAGGAGAUAGUGACUUUCCAAAGACAAUUCCUGCAAAACUUAGAGGAAGCGCUUGAGGCUGAACCUAACUUUCAUCACUUUGAAUUCUCCAACCAGUUUAAGAAUGCUCUCUUCGCGGUCGGAAAUGCUUUCCUCUAUUACGUCAACCAUUUCAAAUUGUACAGUUCGUUCUGUGCCAGUCACAGUAAGGCUCAAAAAGUGCUACAUCCAAAUGAAGGUAAUCAAGCUUUACAAGAGUUUCUUGCGGCUCGAAAUCCAAAACAGCAACAUUCAUCAACGUUGGAGUCGUACUUAAUAAAACCUAUUCAACGGAUAUUAAAAUAUCCACUUUUGCUUCAACAACUCAGAAAUUUGACUGAUGUUAAUUCGGAGGAGCAUCUCCAUUUAGUGGAGGCUCUGAAAGGUAUGGAAAAAGUUGCAGAGCACAUCAAUGAAAUGCAACGAAUACAUGAAGAAUAUGGUGCUAUAUUUGAUCACUUGUUUAGACAACAUCAAAAGUCUUGCAAGCAACCUAUAGAUCUAAGUCCUGGCGAUUUGUUAUACUACGGUGGAGUAGAAUGGUUAAAUAUUUCAGACUUUUUAGGAAAAAUAAAAAAGGGAUUGGAAUUGCAUGCAAUGUGCUUUGUAUUUAAAUCAGCUGUUGUCUUCCUCUGUAAAGAAAGACUGAGGCAGAAGAAAAAACUUAUGGGUGUCUCAUCUAAAAAUAGUUCAAACGAAGUAGAAAUCAUAAGGUACCAGGUACUGAUACCGGUGACGGAGGUUCAGGUCCGGGCCUCAUCUGCCAAGGAUAUGGACAGUCACUUCCUUUGGGAGCUCAUACAUUUACGAAGCCAACUGCAACGUCGCUCCGAGAAAGUUUACGUUCUGUCUAACAGCACGGCUGACUUCCGCAACGCGUUCCUGAAGACGAUCCGGCAGAUCAUCCGCGAGUCAGUUCGCAACAUGUCGCUGCCGACGUCGCGGCCUGCCCCGGCACCGCCGCGAGCCCCACACACUCUCGACCGAGAGAGACCUAAACACCAGGUGCAAGUGAUGCAAGGAUCGCAAACUCUUGGUAAAACUAAGAAGCCUAAAACAUCUGGACAACGAUUAUCGGCCGGAAACAUUGAGGUGGGUGACUUGUCACGUGAGAAUUCUCAGGAUGCAGAGGAACCCCCACCAGAGCCUCCACCUGAAGAGCCUGCUUUCAGGCAUCGCAGCAAGACACUCGGCGAUACCACUGAGCCGGUAGUGAAGCGCGCGCCGCCGCCGCCGCCGCCCGACGCCGACAAGUGCGACCCCGGCUGCAAGUCCGAGGGCGAGGACGAGCAGCCGCCGCCGCCCGCCAAGCGCGGCCUCGGCAGGACGCCCAACCAUCUCACGCUCAGCACGACGUCGACGCUGAGUGCAGGCAGCACAGGCAGCCAGGCUCGCCUCAUCCAGUCUUCACACCAGCCCGCCCAGUACCAACCCAUGACCAUGGCAAAGGAUCUAGGUAAGCAAGAAUCGCAGUCUCUCAAAUCAUCACCGGAACGAAAGACGUCUACAUCAGCACCAGAGAAGAGGAUUAAGGUCAUACGUUCCUGUAGCGGCAGUAGCAUCAAUAGAGAUAGGUCUCCCAAUAGAUCGGUCGACCACACGUCACCAGACCGAGACCGCGUUACUAAAGUCAUUGUUUGCAAAUCUCCUAAUAAAUCCAGUCUGAAGCAGACGAAAACCUUGCAUCGAUCUCCUCGGGGAAGCUUCGAUCAAUCAAAGUCUCCUCGAGGAUCCAUUGACAAAUCUCGGUCUCCUCAACAAAGCUUUGACGGAUCCCGUUCACCUCGUGGAAGUAUCAUGAAAUCACGUGAAAAUAGCGUCGAUCGCUCCCGAUCACCAAAACCUGUACCAAAAAAAGGAAUCAUGCGAACCCCACAAGCUAGUUUCGAUAAAUCUCCCUGCAAGUCACCAAAUUUAAGCCGACGAUCUUCUAAAUCCGGUGGAGAGAAAUUAGCACGUCUUGGAACGAAUUCUUUAGAUAGAAUGACUCAUUAUUCUCAAUUAGCUAAAGCAGAAGAUAAGGCAAUAAAAAUGGGUAUCGUAGUUUCAAAAUCAACUGAAUCUAUCGCGAAGGCUAUCGAGCAUCCAACUUGUGUUCAGUGCUACCUUUCUGGGAAAAAGCAGAGUAAAACCUCCUAGCAUAAGGGGAAGGGCAAGUCGCCCAAAUCUCGACGAAAGUCAAUGACUGCUCAGUCGAUCUUAACAUCAUCAGAUCGAAGCAGUGUCGAGACCUUGGACGACAUGCCCCAAGAGCGUGCUCGAUGCACGCCAACUCGCCACCACGAACGGAGUGAAUUUGAUCAAAUACACGUUUAAAUAAAUCCUAAAACAUUCAAUAAUUCCCGGAUUGUGGCAACCUCGGAUGAUACAUUUUUAUCUGAAAGUAAUCAAUUUGAUAUACCUAGUCUUACCUAACGUACUGAACGUAACAUCAAAAUGGAACCAAGUCAAAUAUAAGUUGCUUUAAUUAUGACAGUCCAAGGUACUAUUUACUCAAAAUAACUUAUACCUACUUAAUUAAAAAUAAACUUUUAAAAGUUGUAUUACAAUUGAAUACUAUCAGAAUAUUAUAAAGACAAAAAUUACUGACAUUACAAGACUGUUUCACCAAUUUGUGAUCUGACUACCAAGACGUGAAAUUAAGCAUUCGAAAUUAAAUAAGACACGAACCAUAUUCUCAAAUCUACGACAAAAUUACCCAGACGUUCAAAUAAAAUGUAUACGUGGAAAUUUUCAAAUCGUAUAAUUCAAUGUCGCAGUUAUAGUAAACUGUACUAGACUAGAGUAAUUUCACGAAUCUCGGUGUAGAAUUAAAUGUACCCCCGUAAAAUAUUAGUAGACACAAUAAAUAUUACAACCGUAUAUUAUAGCAUGUUAAAGUUAAUCAACUCCUAUUCUAGAUAAAUCCAAGUGCUAAGUGUUACAUAAUAAUGGCUGUGGUAUCGUACUGAUGUUAAUCCUUUUAUCACCUUCGUCAUAGUAUUCUUCUUGUUAAUUUAUACUGUUAUUAUACAUCCCGAUAGGUUUAAUGUAUUAUUCUGUAGAUGGCCAUGGAUUUGUAUCGUUAAUUAAGUCUUCCAAUUCUAAGUAUGUAUAAGUAAUGAUAUUAAUUUACUUUACCUCUCGCAUUUCUUCAGUACCUGCUCAAAUUAGUAUUAACGUUAUCAAUUUAUUAAGUAUAUUCCAUAAAUAUUUUACACUCCAAACAAUAUUAUAUUAUUAUUAUACAUAUACAUGCCAUUGUGCACUAUACGUAAUAUUUAAUUAUGUAUAUUUACCUAUAUAAUUUAAGGCAUGUUCAUUUGGUUAAACAUAUAUUUAUGAAUGUACAUUUAUUAUUAUUAUAGAUAGGUUAUUUCCAAAUAUUUGCACUAAUAGGUAUAUUAUAAUUAAAUACUUAAAUUAUUGUGGCCAACAUUCGAAGCUUCGUAGCAUUAUAGGCUGGUUGUGCAAUGUAUUAAUCGAAGCAAAACUUAAUCACCAAUCAUAAUUGUUCAUUCGUAGAUACAUACUGAAUAUAUUGAAACGUCAUAUACUGAACUACUUUUGUGGAUACAUCUCAAAUAGAGGUAAAAGUAACCAAAGAGUGUUUCAGAUAUCAAACGGUAUAGUAAAUCGCUGUACGCCGUUAUUCAACACAAUCAUCAUCCUCAGAUUACAUAUUACUAUAAUAUGCAUUAAUAAAAAAUAUUGACUUACAUAUAUGGUUAAAAUUAUAAAACUAAACAAUUUACUAUUAAAAUAAUAGGCUAGCUGUGUAUCCAAAUUAUAAUAUAACCAAAUUGACGUAGACAAAUACACUCUCUCUAUGUUCACGUAGUGCUUUACCUCCUCCGUAGCUGUGCACAGACUCUGUCAAAAUAGAUGUUGCACCCACGAGCAAAAGUGAAUGUCCUUAAAUAAGUAAUCAAUAGUGAGUAAAGUAAAUAUAUUCAAUGCAAAUUAAUGGAUCGGUGCACCGUAGAUUCUAUCGUCACUGUGUGUAUCUAGGCUACCGCUUAAGUAAAGUAAGUAGAUGUUCUAACUAAAGUAGUGGCCGCCGCCAAAGCCCAGCAUCGCCCCUACCGCUUGAAUGUUCGAUGACGACGCGCUCGCGGCGGCGCGCCCCCGCCCCCCACAACACUCAUCAAACAUUCAACUCUUUGCUCGCGUGCGCGAUUCCCGGCGAUCGGUCCCAUCCGUCCAAAUUCCGUCAGCGCAAUGCGCGCCCACAGCCGUGAGAUUAUGUAAGCCUAGAUCACACGGCACCUGUUUCAUUGAUAUUGCAAAUUGGAUGCCAAAGUACAGUAAGACAAAAAGUAAUCUUACGGAUUUUCAUCUUUUCAACUGAAAAUAAAUAACUACAGUUCUACAUUACAAUGUAACGUGGUGACGAAUAUAAAGGAUGGUCGCCAUCCUACAUGCAAAGUUCUUUUGAGGUAUAACAAUAGAGGUCGUUACUGUACUGUGGUAUCCACUCGUGCAUCAUUGGAACAAAUGAAGUGUGAAGUGGGCUUUAUAAAGAGUUCGGUGUUUGGUGUGUUGUAGGAUCGCCCGUGUGGAAACCGCGCGACAUGUCGAGCUCGGCGGGUGGGGGCGGGGGCGGGGGCGCGGGCGCAGGCGGCGCGGCGCCCACCACGCUGCCGCGGUCGACGCGCGCGGCGCCGCGCCCGCACCACCUGUCCGCC